AUGAUAUGGGCAGUGAUUAAGCAGACCCCCCAAUUCAUAGCGUCCGACUUGUAUGUAACUGUUAAGGCUGUUAGAUUCCAUGCUAGUGCAAGUUCACAGCAUGGCAGUGGGGUGGAAGAGCCACACUCAUCGUCGCUUGACGUGCAUCCUUCCUUUGCCAAUGCCAUGCUUUUCCCCUACAAUAAUCAACCAUGUAGUGCGGUUGAUCAUUUGGACAACACUGAAGUGUUGGGCGCCACCCAUACACAUGACGUAGGAGGGUCUAGUCACACAUAUGGACGUGCCCAAGCUGAUAUGGAUGAGGAAAUUGAUAUUGAUGCCAGCCGAGAUGUGUACGAAGAGUUCAUUGAUACUAAUGAAUCGGUGGACAACGCGGAGGUCUUAGAUGUACCACUGAUCGAAAUUAACGAGGAGGAUUGCCUUACAACAGUUCUUAUCCCAGAAUGGUUCACAUCAAACACAUGGGACAAUAUUAAUGACCCAUCACCUGCAUUAGGUACAGGACAUCUUACAAGUUGGCAUAAAGGUGACCACCCAGCAACGGGGAUGCUAUUCAAGAAUAAAGCCUCUGUUCAAUAUGUGUUGACCCUCUACUCUGUGGAGCAUAAUAAGAAAUACAAGGUCAUCAAGUCUGACACCAAUAGGCUGGUAGUGUGGUGCAUACAUAAGGCAUGUCUGUGGUCAAUUCGGGCUAAUUGCAGCAAGAAGCACGGGAUGUGGGUUAUCAGUACAUGUAAGGGUCCCCAUAGUUGCUCAUCCCUCCAACUAGCGACUGAUGGGCAGAUGAUGGAUUCAAAGUUCAUCUCCAUUGCACUUGAGAAGUAUGUACAGAAGGAGCUAACCCAAAAGAAGGCAGCUGCGCGUAUUUAUGGGGAUUUUGAUGAGUCGUACGCGAAAUUGCCACGAUUUCUAGCUACAUUGUCCGAUGCAAAUCUGGACACUGUGACCACGUUAAAGUGUGACCCCCAUGUCCUGAGGACUUGUAUCUUCAACUCCGCGUUUUGGGCUUUCAGUUUGUGUAUUAGAGGGUUCAAGCAUUGCAGACCAGUGAUAAGCAUAGAUGCAACGCACCUUUAUGGCAAGUAUAAAGGAAAGCUAUUGAUAGCAAUGGCAAAAGAUGGUAACAACGAGGUUUAUCCACUCAUAUUUUCCGUUGUCGAAAGCGAGAGCACGGAGACGUGGGGAUGGUUCUUGGCAUGCCUGUUGACCUAUGUUAUAGACCGGACCAAUUUAUGUAUAAUAUCCAACAGGCAUCGUGAGAUACAAUCAUGCUUCGAUGACACCACUAGGGGCUACUUGCAACUGCCCUUAACCCAUCACCAGUAUUGCCUCUGCCAUUUAGUAAGCAAUAUUAACACUAACUUCAAUAGUGUGCUAUUGAAGAACUUGGUAUGGAAGGUAGCAACUGCGAAUUAA